AUGUCAGAAUCCUACUCACGUACUUCCUACUACUAUAAUUCCACCACGAGCAACAGCGGUGACACAACCACCAGCGGCCACCGCUCCUCAACAUUCUCCCACACCGACCACGACGGCACAACCAUCGUCCGCACAGCCUGGCAAGACCUCGGCCAACCCGCCGUACUCGAAGAACGACGCUACGAUCAAACAGGCCAAGAAGAGCUCGCACUCCCAGGUUCCGGGGGAACAUCUGCAGGCGGAGUCCGACGGAUCACAGACCUAGACGAGGAAGACGCCGCUGGGUCUGCGGCAAUUGAUACGGGUAAUGCAUAUGGCGCCACGAAGCUCGGCAGAUCUGUAGACGAUGAUGUGGACAGAGGCUCAUUCGCCACAGAGGUGUAUGAUCCCGGUUCUGGGGCGUAUGAUGAACACUCCGAUUAUGAUGUCGGUGGGGGUUCGCGGCAUCAUCGGGAGAUGAAGGAUUCGGGGGGGGAGAGGAAGGUUUUUGAAGAUCCGCAGUCUGGGACGAAGGUGCAGCGGGAGGAGGAUGUUGAUGUUUCGGAUAUCAUCUAG